CUUGGAGAAGGGGGGACCCUGUCCCGGGGACCGGUGGCCGGGGAGCGACUGAGCCCCCGGGACGUGCACAGGCAGCACCCCCGCGCGUGCUGCCCCGCGACCACCCUUCAACUUCGCCCCCGGCCCCCGCGGCAGAGGCGCCCAGGAGACUGGAGGGGCGUGGCUUUCUGCCGGGGGCGUGGCCACCCCGCUGGUCGGGCUGGGCAGCGGCCGCCGAGGCGGAGCGCGCCGGACGCCCGGGACGGUGAAGGCUGGAGCGCGCCAGGUCAGCCUCUGCCCCUGCUGCAGGCCGGCCGACUCACCGUUCCCCGAGUGACAGCUGAGCAGCAGAGAGAGGAUGGCUCAGGUCCUGCAUGUGCCAGCCCCGUUCCCAGGGACCCCUGGCCAGGCCUCCCCAGCGGCCUUUCCCAACAGGGAGCCAGACCCACCGUACUCCGUGGAGACGCCCUAUGGCUACCGCCUGGACCUGGACUUUCUCAAGUACGUGGACGACAUUGAGAAGGGCCACACGCUGCGCAGGGUGGCGGUGCAGCGCAGGCCGCGCCUGGGCUCUCUGCCGCGGGGCCCGGGCUCCUGGUGGACGUCCACAGAGUCGCUGUGCUCCGACGCCAGCGGGGACAGCCGGCACUCGGCCUACUCCUACUGUGGCCGAGGCUUCUACCCUCAGUACGGCGCCUUGGAGACCCGCGGCGGCUCCAACCCACGCGUGGAGCGCACGCUGCUGGACGCGCGGCGCCGGCUGGAGGACCAGGCGGCCGCUCCUUCCGGCGGCCUGGGCUCCCUGACGCCCAGCGCCGCGGGCUCCACCAGCUCCCUGGCAGGCGCGGGCCUGCUGCCCCCCACGCCCCGCAGCUCCGGCCUGUCCACCCCGGUGCCGCCCAGCACGGGCCACCUGGCCCACGUGCGCGAGCAGAUGGCCGGGGCCCUGCGCAAGCUGCGCCAGCUGGAGGAGCAGGUCAAGCUGAUCCCCGUGCUCCAGGUCAAGCUGUCGGUGCUCCAGGAGGAGAAGAGACAGCUCACGGUGCAGCUCAAGAGCCAGAAGUUUCUCGGCCACCCCUCAGGGACACGGAGCCGGGGCGAGCUCUGCCUGGACCUUCCGGAGCCCCAGGACGACCCUGCGGCACUAGAGACGCGCUCGGUGGGCACCUGGGUCCGGGAACGGGACUUGGGCAUUCCGGAUGGCGAAGCCGCCCUGGUGGCCAAGGUGGCCGUGUUGGAGACCCAGCUCAAAAAAGCCCUGCAGGAGCUGCAGGCGGCUCAGACCCAGCAAGCCGACCUCCAGCCUCAGGCCUGGCCACCGCCAGACACCCAGGUCCGCGCGGACACCGUGCGAGUGGUGGAGGGUCCCCGGGAAGUGGAGGUGGCAGCCAGCACCGCAGCCGGGGCCCCCGCGCAGCGGGCGCAGAGUCUGGAACCCUACGGAGCAGGGCUGAAGGCCCUGGCCACCCCCGGGGGGCCGGACAGCAGCCUCGUGUUCCGAAGCCACGAGGUGGUGGAGACCAUGUGCCCGAUGCCCACAGCCAGCGCCAGCCACGUGCACACCGCCAGGAAGAUCAGUAUCACGGAACGGGGUUGCCUUGGUGCGGCCGGGUCGGCAGGGGCUCCACAGGCUGCUGCAGGGCCUCCCUCCUUCAGUCCACACCCCGCCGCGGCCUCCAGGACCCAGCCUGAGGACCCAGACCAGGACACCCCUGCGGGGGAGCCCACCAGGCCGGCAGCGUCGCAGGACCCCCAGGUGGCCGAGGAAGCCGGCAGAGCCUCUACCCUGAAGAGGAGAGAGGACCCCGCAGACCCCGACCUUCACCAGAGGAAGCUCCAGUUUGUGGGCGUCAAUGGCGGGUACGAGUCCUCGUCGGAAGACUCCAGCACAGCAGAAAACUCAGAACACGAGAGCACGGAGAAUGAGGGCCCCGAGCCGCCGCCGGCAAGGGUCCUGAGCACAGCCGAGUGCCCGCAGCUCCGGCCUCCGGGGGCCGUGGUGGCCGAGACCAGUCUGGAGGCGUGCCAGCUCCCCCAGGAACCUCAGCGUGUGCCAGCAGCCGAGGCGGCCUCAGGACCUAACGCUGAGGAGGAAAUUCGGAUGGAUCUGAGCCCUGACCUCAUAUCAGCCUGCUUGGCCUUGGAGAAAUACUUGGAGAACCCCAAUGCCCUCACGGAGCGAGAACUGAAAGUGGCCUAUACCACGGUGCUUCAGGAAUGGCUGCGCCUGGCCUGCCGCAGCGACGCGCACCCGGAGCUGGUGCGGCGGCACCUGGUCACCUUCAGGGCCAUGUCCGUGCGGCUGCUGGAUUACGUGGUCAACAUUGCUGACAGCAACGGGAACACGGCGCUGCACUACUCCGUGUCUCACGGCAACUUCCCCGUGGUGCGGCAGCUGCUGGACAGCGGCGUCUGUCAGGUGGACAAGCUGAACCGUGCUGGCUACAGCCCCAUCAUGCUCACUGCCCUGGCCACCCUGAAGACCCAGGAUGACAUUGAGACCAUCCUUCAGCUCUUCCGGCUUGGGAAUGUCAACGCCAAAGCCAGCCAGGCAGGACAGACGGCCCUGAUGCUGGCCGUCAGCCACGGGCGGGUGGAUGUGGUGAAGGCGCUGCUGGCCUGCGAGGCGGACGUCAACGUGCAGGAUGAGGACGGCUCCACAGCCCUGAUGUGUGCGUGUGAGCACGGACACAAGGAGAUCACUGGGCUCCUGCUGGCUGUGCCCGCCUGUGACAUCUCUCUCACCGACCGAGACGGGAGCACGGCACUGAUGGUGGCCCUGGACGCCGGGCAGAGCGAGAUCGCGUCCAUGCUGUACUCGCGCAUGAACAUCAAAUGCUCGUUCGCUCCCAUGUCAGACUACGAGAGCCCAGCUUCAUCUUCAGCUGAAGAGUAAAGGCGGAGAGGAGCCAGUGGUCCCCAAGGACCCCCCAGCCACACAGCAAACCGUCCCUCAUCCCGCCGUCCCUUUCUGCCCUGGGCUUCCUCGACUCCCUCUCCAGGGCAAACCUCCUCCACUUCCCCGGGGGAGCCCUGACUUCUACCAGACUCCACUCCACGAGGCCUUUCCCAGCACCCUGUGUUCAAAGCCACAAAGCCAAGUUGCAUUCUCCUCCCCGCUGGCACCAGUUGCUGACGGCCGGGUGUGGGUUUCUGGUGAAGAACACGGAGAACAAUCAGCCGGCAAUUGCGGGAGGAGUGGGGGCAAAGGGGAAAAUACUGUAUUCUUGAGUCAUUGUGAGGGGAAGGGAGGGGUCAGAAUUCCAGUUGCUAAAUUUGAAUGUCACUGGAAUGUUACCGGCUCCUUGGUCCUGACGUCACUGCUGCAGGUCUCCGCAAAGCCCGCUUAAUGCCCUUUGUCGCCUCAUUUCAUUGUCUGGUGUAUAAUGGGGUUUUGUCCACUGCCCGCCACCUCCACACAGCUUUCUUGGGAGUAAGGGUGUCAUUCUUGAGCCCUCUCCCUCAGGGCAGAAAGCAGUGUUUUCAUUUGUCUUUUUUUUUUUUUUUUUAUUUCACUGUCUGUGACACACACACACACACACACACACACACACGGUCAGGGGCACUCAUUGCCCUGCAGCUGGUGUUCCAAUGGGUCCCCUGACUUGGAAAUGACCAACUUAGAAGGAGAAAUGGUGUAGACCUAUCCAUUCCCCACAGGGAGGGCUCGGGAGAACAGUGUUCCUAGAAAAAACUUUCAGAGCUACAGACAAAAGAGAAAAAGGCCGUUUCAGAGUGGCUCCCGGCCCCGGAUCCAGAACCGCCCUCACAGGAGAGUAAACAGAGGAUGUGAUGCAGUGGGCGCUCUCGAAGCCAUGUGUUCCCCAUUAAGAGCUGGCUGGCCUCAGAGCACUCCCAGCUCCAGCUUAAAGUGACAGGCUGUGCUGCAACCCAAGGGGCCCGACGAGUAGUUUUAUGUUUGUGUGUUUGUUUUUAAUGCCCUAGAGCUCUUGCUGGUGACAGGGCACAGACAGGCUUCACUUUUCUCUUAGUGGAAUUUUUUUUUCUGUCCCCAGAAUCUCAGCAUGUUUUCUUUGUUUUUUGUUUUGAUUUCUCUCUCUCUCUCUCUCUUUCUCUCUCUCCCCCCUUCCCAUUUCUGUUGUUUUUCCCCUUGUCUCCUUUCUUUGUAAAGAAAAGAAAACAGCUUCUAAAUGUGCCUUGUGCUGGGGAGGACAUCUUAACCCAGGUCACAGCUGGACCCACUGGGUCUUGGAGCCAAACCUCAGCAGGGCAUAGUUGAGGCUCGUGAACUGAAAGACAGCGCUGGCUUCUCCUUAGACAAGUAGGUCUCUCGGCUUCGUGGAGUCUUAUUCCACCAGAGUUUUAUUGAAGGGGUUUGUGUAAGGCACAGAGGCUUGGCUGGCAGUAGACAGUGAGGUGGGCGGGUGGAUGGACAGAUGAAUGGAUGGGAGCUUGCAUGAGUAGGUGGGUGAGUGAGCGGAUGGAUGGGUAAAUGAGCAAUGGAAAGGUAGCUGGGUGGGCCGCUGGGUGGAUGUCUCGAUGGAGUCUUUGCCUGUGACAGAAAACUAAACUGCAGGGCAGUUGCUGGUGCCUGGGGGGUACUCAGUCUAGGGCAGGGAAAGGCCGCGCUCUGAGCUGAGCCCUGAGUUCCAGCCCUGCAGCUAUCGAGGAGUUGAAGGUUUUGGACGCAUCAGCUAUGACCCCAAGCACAAGUCCUCAGAAAAGCCCUUGUCUGUUUCUGCCACUGCUUCUCUGCGUGGGGGCCGCUGGGGCCGGACAGUCGUCUCUCCUUUCUCUCCAUGCAUACUCCAGAGUCCUGUUUCCACUUUAUGACCACGGUACGUCUAUGAAGACAGUGUUACACGUAAAUGAAGUUUUCUUGUAAUCAUGUUUUAGAAAGUAAAAGGAUUUAAUAAAGCUACAAACGAU